AAUCUAAAUUCCUAUCACAAUCUUUUAAACUAUGGCAGAGUCCUAUCAGUAACAACUUGCUGUAUUAACCAAGAGGUUGAUGAACCACAUAUAAUUUCUAUUACAUGCAAAUUUAUGUUAGAAAUGAAAUUUUGACAAAACACAAAAAGCCAAAAAAUUUCUAGUCCAGGAAUAUAUGCUCCCAAUGGAAUCAUAUUAAAGGAGUGUUACGUGUUCAUACAACCUUAUUAAGGUGGCAACUUUUGACACAAACCAAUGAAUGUGGUAUCACAACCACCCCUCAAAUAGCAUACAACUUUUUUACUAGAAUUUAAAGCUCUCUCUCUUUCAUACACAUAAAUUGAUCCCAAUGCAAAUUGAAUGGUGUUGGUGGAAUGUUUGUAUUUAUUAACUGAUAAAGUUGUUGUUGUACAUUAAGUACUAGUGUGUGAUCCCUGACAGAGUUCACCCAAACACUUCAACUAUGAGAGAACAAAGAGUUCUUCAUAUUGAAGAUACUAGUCAAAUUGAGAGAGCUAGGUGGGUUUUGGAUUCUCCUAAUCCACCACCAUUAUGGAAGAAGCUAUUGAGUUUAAUCAAAGAGACACUUUUGCCUCAUGGAAACAAUAUAUGGUUUUGUUCUAAGAAGAAAAGUUUUCAUGCACAUGCUUUGUGUUUCUUGCAGAAAUUGUUUCCUAUUCUUGUUUGGUUGAAAGAUUACACAGCUUCUAAAUUUAAAGAUGAUCUUUUAGCUGGCUUGACUCUUGCCAGCCUUUGCAUACCUCAGAGUAUAGGAUAUGCAAGUUUGGCAAAAGUUGAUCCUCAAUAUGGCCUAUAUACAAGUAUUGUUCCUCCUCUUAUUUAUGCUGUGAUGGGAAGCUCAAGAGACAUUGCAAUUGGACCUGUAGCUGUAGUGUCUAUGCUGUUAUCUUCCUUGGUCACAAAAGUCAUAGAUCCUGUUGCUAACCCUCAUGCCUAUAGAGAUUUUGUUUUCACUGUCACCUUCUUUACCGGAAUUUUUCAAGCCGGAUUCGGUAUUUUCAGGUUGGGUUUUCUUGUGGAUUUUCUUUCACAUGCUGCACUAGUUGGAUUCAUGGCAGGAGCAGCAAUCAUUAUUGGUCUUCAGCAACUAAAGGGUCUUUUAGGGAUCACUCAUUUCACCACCAAAACUGAUGCAGUUUCAGUGUUGGUUUCUGUUUAUAAGUCAUUACAUCAGCAAAUUACUUCUUCUGAAGAAAAAUGGAGCCCUAUGAAUGUUGUCCUCGGAUGUUCUUUCUUGAUUUUCCUUCUCGUUACUCGCUUCAUCGGAAGAAGAAACAAAAAACUUUUCUGGUUGCCUGCGAUUGGUCCUCUUCUAUCGGUUAUACUAUCGACUUUAAUCGUGUAUUUAUCGAAAGCUGAUAAACAAGGAGUUAAUGUGAUAAAACAUGUCAAAGGAGGAUUGAAUCAGAGUUCAGUUCAUCAGUUACAAUUCCAUGGUCAAAAUGUUGGGCAAGCGGCCAAAAUCGGAUUAGUCUGUGCAGUUAUCGCACUAACAGAAGCGAUGGCUGUUGGUCGAUCUUUCGCUUCCAUCAAGGGAUACCAACUUGAUGGGAAUAGAGAGAUGCUAUCAAUGGGAAUCAUGAACAUUGCUGGAUCCUUAACUUCAUGCUAUGUCGCAACCGGUUCUUUUUCAAGGACAGCGGUUAAUUUCAGCGCAGGAUGUCAAACAGCGGUAUCGAAUAUUGUGAUGGCAGUUACUGUGAUUUUGUUCCUGCAAUUAUUCGCAAGGCUCUUAUACUACACACCUAUGGCUAUCCUUGCUUCUAUCAUCCUCUCCGCGCUUCCUGGACUAAUUGAUUUAAACGAGGCUCGCUAUAUCUGGAAGGUUGACAAGUUAGACUUUCUUGCCUGUAUUGGCGCUUUUUUCGGCGUCUUGUUUGCAUCCGUAGAGAUCGGUCUUCUUGUAGCCGUGACAAUCUCAUUUGCGAAGAUACUAAUACAAUCGAUUCGACCUGGAGUGGAAAUUCUAGGACGAGUUCCAAGAACAGAAGCCUUUUGUGAUGUUACUCAAUAUCCGAUGGCCAUAAGCACGCCAGGCAUCGUGGUGAUUCGCAUAAGUUCCGGCUCACUCUGCUUCGCAAAUGCCAAUUUUGUCAAAGAAAGAAUACUCAAGUGGGUCGUGGAAGAAGACGAGAUUCAAGAAGCUGCUAAAGGAAACGUUCGAGCCAUAAUUAUGGACAUGACUAACCUGAUGAACGUUGAUACGUCCGGAAUUCUAGCACUCGAGGAAUUGCAUAAGAGGUUGCAUUCGCGCGGCGUAGAAUUAGCUAUGGUGAAUCCAAGGUGGCUAGUAAUUCACAAGCUCAAGCUUGCUCACUUUGUGGACAAAAUUGGGAAACAAUGGGUUUUUCUGACGGUUGGAGAGGCGGUCGACGCGUGUCUGUCAUCUAAAAUUGCUACUGCUUAAUGUUGUUUGUGUCUGUUAGAACUUUUUAUUACAUAACUGCAUAUCUAAGCACAUAAAUUUGUAUGUUGCUCUAAAGGGAUUUUACUGACUACCUUAUUAUAAUGUAUCAGUUUUGGAGAGUUAUGUUUAUAUGAGUAUUUGGUUACUUACAUAUCAAUCAAAUGAAAGUUAAUGUAUAA